AUGACUUCACUAGGCUUCAACCACGGGACUCGCUUGGGCCUCACAGCUAGCUGCACGCCGGCCAGCACAUACGGUGACCAUGUGGAACACCGCUUCGAUGUUCCGGGGCAUGUGCAGAUCACAAAUGUUGGCAGUGGAUCAUGCCUCAGCAUCAACCAGAUUAUCCCUUGGAGAUUGCCAGAUCGUUGGUCGGGUAAGUGCAUGGACUACGAUUUCCAGGGUAACAAUGUGUAUGCUGGUAGUUGCCACGAUGGGAACAACCAACUAUGGUUUAUGGCCGAUGGCCAGAUUAUCAGCCUCAGAGAUCUCAAGUGUUUGGACUACCACCCGGGCACUGAAAAUGUUUACAUGCAUGAGUGCCAUGGUGGCAACAAUCAGAAAUGGUACUGGGACGAAGACACAGCACAACUCCGGAGCGAAUAUGAUCACCGAUGUUUGGAUGUGAACAUGCAAGGAAGCAACAAUAUCUACAUUCAUCCGUGCCACAGCGGAAACAAUCAAAAAUUUGAUCGAAGCGAGAGGAGCGACAAGGCCUUCGUCAUGGGCUUGCAUUUGCAGUGCAGUGGAUUUGAAGGCGAAGAUAUCAAACUGGAACCAAUCGGUGGCGAAAACAAGUUCCACUUGAGAAGUGGCCCUCAUACGCUUCCGGGAGAGUUCUACUAUGACAAGAACAAGAAGCGGCUGAAGAACCUGGCAACCAACAAGUGCUUGAUGUCCCACGAGCGGGUGACUGUGAUUGAGGAGUCUUGCGCAGAGAGUCUUGAGCAAGAAUGGGACAUUGGUCAUGGACUGCAAGGCUUAGCAGAUACUCCAAUUGCGUGCGAGAGCAACCAGGUGAUCAGCCUUUUUGAGAAGGGUCACGGUCAUAUUCGAUACAAGUGCGUGCACGUGUCAGGUUUGGGGGCUUGCAGUCCAGGCUAUUCUACGCAGGUAGACACCAAAGUUCACGAGCUGGAAAAUGUCAAGGCAUUGAAAAGAAUGAGUGCAACCUGUCCAGCGGGGCAUGGCUUGCGAUCCAUUGCGGCUGAAGCCUCUGACAAGGGUGCUUGGAUUCGUUUGCGGUACGAGUGCUGUCAGAUAAGCCGCAUCCCUGUGUCUGUCUACCCAAUGAGAGCAUACAAUCCCGAUAUGGCGCAUGGCUGGGAAGGCGUCUACUGUCCGAGCACACAGGAUGACUCUGGACGCAUGCAAUUCUCACAAAGACAUAGUUUCAGGCCACACCAUGGGCCGUCAGGCUCCUUGACCUAUGACAAGUUCCAAGGGAAGUGGUGCGUCUCUGGCAAGAAUUGCGCCUUCUCAGACAUCGUGCAUCCGCUGGAUACCAUGAUGAAGACGGAUGAAUGGCAGGUAGUUGCAGUGAGCGAUUUUGAUGCUGUUUUCGAAGCACGUGGCGUGAAACCAUUGCACAGCAACAAGAAGCGGUCACCACCACCACUGAUCAAGUUUGGAGCAUCUGAUCCUGAAUAUUUGCCCGAAUGCAAAGAUGAGUCUCAUCCAGGGACUCGGACAUUCAAGUUGGAGCUCAUGAACAAGGAAGCAGAAUCCUUGGAUGAUGAGAACGCAUGCAAGUAUGUGUAUGGCAAACCGCCGAAGGAUCAAGCUGGGGAUGGGGCUGAUGGCAUGUAUGGUUGGAUCGAUGAUUUGGUCAGCAAUCUUGGACCAGGUCAAGGUGGCGUGACCUACAAGAGCGUCAAAGAAUGUUCAGACCGUGACAUCAUUCGUGAGUUGCAGCUUGCAAAGUGGAGCCAGGAGCAUUUUGAUAAGACGAAGUACAUCCCCUUGCGCGAAGAUGCUAUUUCUGGAUUGGCAUCAAUGGUGCCGGAGGUCGAAGUAGCCCCAUUGGGAGCAGGAGUUGAAAUCAACGAUCUCGUUGAGAUGGUAGGCAUGUUGAUUCUGCAUGGCGCGCAGAUUAAACGCGACCAGCGGCUCUCAGACCAGGAGUUUCACUUCGAACAGGCCGGACAUGAUGAUUGUAAUCCAAUCCAGCAUGGAUUUGCUCGAACUUUUUGCGACCUCCACUGCAUCAGAGAUGCCGUCCGGAAAGGAGAUGACGCCAUUCUGCGAGCUUUGGAGGAAGCGGUGGAAAUAAUUGGCAAAAACACCCAACUUUUGCUGGAACACUACGUUGGUGAAGAUUCAAAGUCUGGGCUUCUUGAAGAAGGCCAAAGGAUCAAGAAGGGAAUUGCUUCAAGGAUGGCAGAGAUGUUUACAAUGGCCAAAGAAGCAACCUUGGAGCACAGAGCGUCCAUGGCUGCAACGAGGGCAAUCAACUCCUUCACGGAGCGAUGGCGCAAUAGCACUCAUGGAGCCUUUGCCAUGGAGCUGGAAGAGCUGCAGAGCACUGUGGCAGAGCUCUCAAAGAGGAAGCUCUCUCACACAGAUGAAGUGCAGCAGUAUGCUCUCCAAAUGGCAAACCAGAUGGGCACCUACUUGAAGGCCCAAUCUCAUGUGCUGGGUAUUUACCGUCAUGGUGCUGAAGAAGGAAAGCGAUUGCAGCAGAGGCUGAAACGCGUGUGGAGGUCUGCAGUGAGCACAUCUGCCGCACUUUUGGAGGUAGAAGAAGAAGCAUCCGAAGAAGCCAUGCAAGAGUUUGACACAAUGUGGUGGGACAUGCGACGUGAACUGGACAGCUACCUGGGUGCUUCUUUGGACUAUGUACAUGCCACCACAGCAGCUGCCCAAAUGCUUCGGGACUAUUCUGCACACUGCAAAGCAGGGUUUGCUGAGCUGAAGCGUUCAUAUUCUCACUCGGAGCGUGCUGAAAAGAAGGCACACCGUGCCUUGAAGAAGGCUUGGACUGCUGUCACCUCAAGCCUGGGAGAGAUGGCAUCGAAAGUCGUUGAUGGAGCCAUGUUUGACCACUUGGCCUUGCACGACAUCCACUCCCUGAGAUUGCAGAAGAGUGAGAUCAAGUCCUUUUGUUCCAGAUCGAACGAGACCUUCGCACUGCAGUUGGCAGCAGAUGCCCUGCAGAAGGGGCUUUUUGGGCAGACCCAGCAGCAAUUAGCAGUCCUCUUUGGGGAACUGGCUAUGCUUCAGCACCGUUUUGUGUCUGGAGGACUUGGUGAAGCUCCCGACCUGAACUUGGUGAUGGACGCGAAGAGUCGCCUGAAAGACGCAGCAUUGCAAAGUACAUUGGCAGGGGGCAAAGUCGCAAAAGCUUUGGUGCAUCACUUCAAGAAGUCCUGCAACUUGCCACUGCCAGGAAAGGAAACGACAAUUCCUACGUGGAAUCCCAUAUCAACAUUAUUCCAAUUCUUCAAAAUCUGA